AUGCUGGCCAAGGCGGGUCGCCGCAUCGCCGCGCAAGGCGUCCGCAACGUCGACCUGCAGGAGAUGGACGCGGCCGACCUGGAGUUCGAGGACGACUCGUUCGAUCUCGUUUACGCCCCGUACGUCAUCAGCGUUGUCCCGGACCCGGUGCAGGUCACCCGCGAGAUGCACCGCGUGUGCCGCCCCGGCGGUCAUGUGGUGGUUCUCAACCACUUCCGCAGCGAGAACCGGCUGAUGGCGUGGGCCGAGCGCAUCCUGUCGCCCCUGACGGUGCACAUCGGCUUCAAGGCCGAUGUCGAUCUGCCGGCUUUUCUGCUCCAGACCGGGUUCGAGCCGGUGUCGAUCGAGAAGGUCAACAUCCCCCGCAUCUGGUCCCUGGUCACGUUCCGCAAGGAAGGUCCGCCCGCGUAG